UCUCAAAAUAUAAUAAAGAUUAAAGAGAAUGAUAUAUUUUGAGAAACAAUUUGAUAUGGAGAUAUAUAAUAUAGAUAAAUAAAUGUAUGAUUAUCUGUAUCCGUUGGUGAAAGAUAAGAGGGAUGAGGUAGGUAGCAGUAAAAGUGGACGUGGCAAAAUAAUGAUCAGGAGUAUUGGAUUGGAAGAAGAAUAGAAUAGAAUGAAUGAAGGUUGUUGAUCUUUCUUUCUUUCUUUCUGAAAAAUGAAAAUGGCGACCCUGAUGAGGUUACCAACAGCCACACCUGGUAGGGUGGUGACGAGGACGAGAGAGGCAUUUCAUGCUCUUUCUCCUUCUCCUUCUCCUUCUCCUCCUCAUUUUGUUGAGUUUUGCAAAGGUGGAAGAAGAGGAAGAAGGAUUAUUAGAGUGGGAGUGAAAUGCAAUAGCAAUUCAGAGAGGGCGGUGAAUCUUGGACCAGGGACACCUGUUAGGCCAACGAGUAUACUUGUAGUUGGAGCCACGGGGACUUUGGGAAGGCAGAUUGUUCGGAGGGCACUUGACGAAGGAUACGACGUCCGGUGUCUGGUAAGGCCGAGGCCUGCUCCAGCUGACUUCCUUCGUGAUUGGGGAGCAACUGUUGUGAAUGCUGAUCUUAGUAAACCUGAGACUAUUCCUGCUACAUUAGUUGGAGUUCAUACUGUUAUUGACUGCGCCACUGGCCGUCCUGAAGAGCCUAUCAAAACAGUUGAUUGGGAAGGUAAAGUUGCUCUUAUUCAAUGUGCUAAAGCAAUGGGUAUUCAGAAAUAUGUUUUCUAUUCCAUCCAUAACUGCGACAAACAUCCUGAGGUCCCACUCAUGGAGAUCAAGUAUUGCACUGAGAACUUCCUUCGUGAUUCUGGACUCAAUCACAUCGUCAUCCGUUUAUGUGGUUUCAUGCAAGGUCUUAUUGGCCAGUAUGCUGUUCCUAUCCUCGAAGAAAAAUCUGUUUGGGGAACUGACGCCCCCACCAGAAUCGCUUACAUGGAUACUCAGGAUAUAGCUCGCUUAACUUUUAUAGCCUUACGAAAUGAAAAAAUCAACGGUAAACUUCUCACAUUUGCUGGUCCUCGUGCGUGGACAACCCAAGAGGUGAUUACAUUGUGCGAGAGGCUUGCGGGCCAAGAUGCUAAUGUAACUACAGUUCCCGUCUCCGUUUUAAGACUCACUCGUCAGUUAACCCGCUUUUUUGAGUGGACAAAUGAUGUUGCUGACAGAUUGGCAUUUUCAGAGGUGCUUACGAGUGACACGGUGUUCUCUGUUCCAAUGGCGGAGACAUACAACCUACUUGGUGUUGAUACCAAAGAUAUAAUUACAUUAGAGAAGUAUUUGCAGGACUACUUCACAAACAUAUUGAAGAAGUUGAAGGAUCUCAAAGCCCAGUCGAAACAAUCAGAUAUUUUCUUCUGAAAGAUGAUUUGUAAUUGCAUACAAGGGGUGGCAAAGCAAGUUGAACCUGUAAGCUCAACCCACCUAACUCGCGGGGUCAAUAGAUCAACCUGCUUUAUAUUUAACAAUUUUUUUUUUUUUCUAUUUAAUUUGAUACAUUUUGUUAUAGGUGCUUGAUUAUUAUUAUUUAGGUUUUACAUUAGUGAUAUAGGAGCAGUCGAGUCUAGUAGAAUAUGGGAUUAUGAACCUACUGUAUUGUUCUUCUGUGUGAUCUGUGUUUGCUUAAUCUUUGUGCUGGUGUGACCUUACCGUGAGAAA